AUGCUUGAUUCUAUCACGGUUUUUAACCCUAGCUAUAGCACAAAUGAGUCAGACUCGGAUAAACAGCUUUUACUAUACCAUUCCUUCCAGGGCGAACAAAGUUAUUCUCUCAAUGAAAAGCUUUCACAAAUAGGAAUAAUUCAGGCUGUUUGGAGUUUCUCCCAAAGCUUUGGCGACUUCAAAGGGGUCCACCAGAACGUUGUAGAGCUCGACCAGCAAAUAAUUUGCACGGUGCUGGUUGAAGAUGACUUCUUUGUCAGUUUAGCUAUUACCGCUGAACACACAAGCAUUCCUGCAAGUUACGUUUUCUCACACCUGCGUCACUGUUAUGACUUCUUUGUGCUGCAGUUCGGGCUUUGGAGGGAUUUCCACGACCGUCGCGCACUUACAGACCGACUAAAUGAGGUAUUGGUAUCAUAUUGGUCAGAGCUCAAUCUGAUGCCCCAGUACCUGCAAUUCAAGGGUUUUUUAAGUUUGUGGCCACAAGCAUACAAAGUCGCAGAACUGCCGGGCUUGGAAGACAGCAGCGAACCUUCUUGGGAAAGUGAUCUGAAACAACAGAUUUUGCUCGAUGAGACGAGCUUCCUGGGACUAAAAGACGUGUUGGUGUAUAACCUUCCAAAGCCAACCUCUCGUAAAGGCUACAAAAGCUACGGAUUGGUGCGAAAUUUUGCCCCCAAUUGCGAUUCGCUGCCACAAGUCUCAAACUGGAUAGAGCAUAUGGAUACCAUAUACACAAGGUUAUCAAGUCAUGUCAUUGCAGGCAAUGUACAAUAUAAAGAGAACCCAGAAGACGAAGAACCCGCCGAAAACAACGCAGAGCACACAACGGCGGGCGAGUCCCUCAGAAACCACAGCAGGAAGCUAUACCAUAACGUUACGCUGCCCAUAUCCUUUGCAUAUGACGCGGUCCAAGAAGUUGGAAAUAUGGCCGGGAUAUCAAGCAGUGUCUCACUGCUAACCGACUUUAUGCCAAACAUUUCUUCUUGGAAUCCGUGGGGUAGCUCAGCUAAAAAGGAGAAAAAGGCGCGCAGCGAGUUUCUUAUAUCGCCUCUUUCCGCAUCGUUUCUGCCUGAUAGCUACAAAGUCAAAAAACUAAGGCUUUCUUUCGAUCAAAAUGCAAAAGAAUACAAUUGUUUGUUUUGGUUCUACAAUGAAAUUCUAGUGAUUUUGGUUUUUGAGCAGGACUUUAUGAAGAUAUGGGAGCACGAAUUUCUUAGCGAUCUGCAUUUCAAGCUACAGAGCUGCAUUUCCAAACUGAGUUCCGAGCACCUCAACACGGUGCCACACAACGCAGAGAAAUUCUGUUACGCGGUUGUUUCAAAGAAGACAUCCCAAAUAAAGUCUUCAUUUCCUCUUUACAAAGCUCCUAAGGUGUCUGAGACGGCUUCGCCCCUGGAACUUGUUGUAAACGGACUUGAUGAAUUCCUCAACUCGGGAGCUAACCGUAAGACGUCUGUGUCCACCAUCAGCGCAAACGAUGUUCAGCUUGCCGACGAAGAGCGUUCGGCAAGACAAUCUUGGGGACUCGGCUUAAUGGGCGGGUUUUUCAAGAAGGAACAAAGUGGAAAGACCCCUCAGGUGCAGGUGGACACUUUUCUUGAUUGUAUUCCUGAAGAAAAGCUGCGAGACCUGCAUCUUGACGUCACGACUUUCGUUAACACGCUCAGCACUUCUAAGAGGGCAGAUGACUUGAAGGAGGAAAAGCUCAUUAAGCUCAACAACGGUGUGCUAUGCUUCAUUCGGGAAGACAGCGAGGAGAUCGUUGUGCUCGCGGAGAACUGGUUCAACAAAAAAGCGUCCAAAUCCAAGGCUUCGACUCCCUCGCGCGACGGCUUGGUGGAGUACAUGGGAAAAGAAGCGUCGGAGUGGUGGAGCAACAGAACCCACAGUUGA